AUGGUGCUUUAUUCACUGUUGAUGGAGAACAAAGAACAGCACUCGGGUGUCAAAUCCAAGCAAGCUAAAACGCAACAAGAGGUGUCUAUCCCUCGUGAAAAGUGGCCGUUUGAGGAAGUUUUAGCAGACGAAUAUGAACGCCACCUAGAGACUAUUGACGUUUACACGGCACAUGUUGAGCCAAAACAAACCAAUUCCAUUUUAAAAUUUGCACAAAAGAAAUUACCAUCAUUAGAAGGUUUAGAGCAUUGCAAAAAGAUUAGACGCAUAGCUAAACCAGAAACCGAAUCAGGAUUCGAGUUGGAAGUGAUAUUGUGUAAAAAGGGCACACUGGACCAAGGCAAGCUGAUGGACAUGCUGAAGGAACAUCAAUUCGAAGAUUGCAGGAUCAGCACAGUGUCCGUCUCCAAAUACGCACCAUUGAAUAGGCAGCAAUAUGAAGCUUGGCAUCGUCUAUGGCCCAUGUCAUACCGAGAGGAUACUCGACUCGACCCCAAAUUUACGCAACAAGACAUCGAUAUCAUUCAUAGUCAUAUGCAAGCGAUACUGGCAAAUCAACACCAUACGGUGGUGUGUCGUAUAGUGGACCCGAGUACGAAUGAGAUUAUGGCUGAAAAGAGUGAUACUAGAGCCGAGCAUCCACUUCAUCAUGCUGUCAUGAAUGGUAUAGAUCAUGUAGCACAAAAUGAAAGCAAAUUGUAUGGAGGACAUGGGCGAAUGAAAAGAACCGCAAGCCAGAUGACAGCAGUAGAUGAUGCCGAAUCAACAAAAAAGACGGCUUAUCUAUGUACAGGCUAUGAUAUUUAUAUAACGCAUGAACCAUGUGCAAUGUGUGCCAUGGCUCUGGUCCAUUCUCGAGUCUCUCGAGUGUUCUACAGUAUACCCUCCAAAACUGGUUCUCUCGGCACAAAUUACAAGAUACACACACAUGCUAGUCUGAACCAUCACUAUAGAGUAUUUAGACAUGUAUUGAAGGAUACAGCAGCGACAUUUACAUUAGACAGCUCGCUUAGAGAUCAAGAAUUAUAA